AUGAAAUUCUCAACUGCCGUUACUACGUUGAUUAGUUCUGGUGCAAUCGUGUCAGCUUUACCACACGUGGAUGUGCACCAAGAAGAUUCCCAUCAACACAAAAGGGCCGUUGCGUACAAGUAUGUUUACGAAACUGUUGUUGUCGACUCUGAUGGACACACUGUAACUCCCACUGCUGUUGAAGCUACUUCUGCUGACGCCGUUGCUAUCCAAACAGCAGUUACCACAACAUCUGUUCUGGCUCCAACCUCUUCCGCAGCCGGUACUGUCGGCUCCGCCUCCGUUGCUGUUUCAUCUGUUGCUCUAGCUAAAAAUGAGAGAAUCUCUAAUGUGGCCACAUCCGCCACUGUCUUGACACCUCAAGGAACAUCGUCCUCCUCGGCAACCUCAGCUCUGGAAAGUAGCUCCGCUUCUUCCUCAUCUGCUGAAAAAAACAGCAAGACCUCUACUGUUGCUUCAACUUCCUCUGCUACCCAAUCUAGUGCCUCAUCUUCUUCUGCUACCCAAUCUAGUGCCAUAUCUUCUUCUGCUACCCAAUCUAGUGCUUCCUCUUCUGCUAAAUCUAGCGCCUCCUCUUCAUCUUCUGGUUCCCAACCUACUUCCUCUUCCUCUGCCAGUGGAAGUAUCUAUGGUGAUUUGGCUGAUUUCUCAGGUCCAAGUGAAAAAUUUCACGACGGUACUAUUCCCUGUGAUAAAUUCCCAUCCGGCCAAGGUGUCAUUCCUAUUAAUUGGAUAGGUGAAGGUGGAUGGUCCGGUGUGGAAAACACCGACACCUCUACUGGUGGUUCGUGCAAGGAAGGUUCUUACUGUUCUUACUCCUGUCAACCAGGUAUGUCCAAGACUCAGUGGCCAUCUGACCAGCCAUCUGAUGGUAGAUCCGUUGGAGGUUUAUUGUGUAAAAACGGUUAUUUGUACCGUUCCAAUACAGAUGCCGACUACUUGUGUGAAUGGGGUGUCGAUGCUGCCUACGUUGUUUCCAAAUUGAGCCAAGGUGUUGCCAUUUGUAGAACCGAUUACCCAGGUACUGAAAACAUGGUCAUCCCAACUUAUGUUGAAGGAGGCAACUCCUUGCCAUUGACUGUGGUCGAUCAAGAUUCCUACUUUACUUGGGAGGGUAAGAAGACAUCUGCUCAAUACUACGUUAACAAUGCCGGUGUCUCGGUCGAAGAUGGCUGUAUCUGGGGUACCUCAGGUUCAGGUAUCGGUAACUGGGCUCCAUUGAACUUUGGUGCUGGUUCCACCGACGGUGUCACAUAUUUAUCAUUAAUUCCUAAUCCAAACAACAGCGACGCAUUGAACUACAAUGUCAAGAUAGUUGCUGCCGAUGAGUCUUCCAAUGUCAUUGGUGAAUGUGUCUACGAAAAUGGUAAGUUUUCUGGCGGUGCUGACGGCUGUACCGUUUCUGUAACCUCCGGUAAAGCUCACUUCGUCUUAUACAAUUAA